GUCUGAACUCCGGCCGGGAAGGUAGCAACCGGACGGGUUCACCGUCUCCGGCCCGAGGGGCCCGAAGGUCCCGCCCUUUGCCCUGCAAAUGAGGGGGGCGCAGGGGCCCUCGCGGCGGCGCCCGCCGGGGCCGAGUUCCCCGCCUGCUUCCCCGUGACUUCCUGCCCACCGGAGCUCGGCGCGAGGUGGGCAGUCCCUCAGGAGAGCCCCGCUAACGUGCAGGAAUGCUGAGAAAGGCGGUGACCACGACCGCGGAGCCCGAUGUGCACGGCAGGCGGGAAGGCCAGGCCGGCGGCCUUGGGGAGGAAGGCGUGCGCGCGGAGCCGGGGGACACGGAGGCGCGCGUGGGUCUGAACCGCGCUGCCCUGUGCCCGUGGGCUCCCGGCCCCCAGACCAUGACCACGGCCCAGAACGGCCACGGGCGCGGAGCUGCGGUCCCCGGUCCCAUCUCUGAUCCCAAAGACCCCGGCAUGGUGACCUACCCGGCGUGUCGCCACGGCGGCUGCGGCGGCGCGGGCGCCCGGGAGGCGCGGCUCAGCCCGGCCCGCCUCCUGCGCCUCUUCUCCGCCGGCGCGAACAGGACGCGCGCCGACCCCGAGCGGCCCCGGCCCGCCGGCCUCGUGGGCAGCUCCUCCACGUGGAACGCCCUGGCCUCCUUCCGGAAAAUGGGGUCUUUCAAAAAACUGAAGACCUCGGUCCUCCAGGGAAUUCAGAACCGGGAGGGAUGGGACGCCGCCAAAGAGGGGGCCGAGGAACGCGACCUAGGCAAGGCGGUCCCCAACGGCGCGGCGGCCGGAGCCCUCGCGGGCCGGUGCUCCCCGGGACCCGGCUUCGCGUCCGACGGCUCGGACCCCGAGGAGCCCGACGACGGCUUCGCGCGCGGCGCCCUCCGGUCCCGCAGCAUCCGCCGCGCCUACGGCCUGGGGCGCAUUCGCCUCCUGGACCCGGAGCCGCCCGCCCCGGAGCCCGCGGCGCGCGAGGCCCCGGCGCGGGAGCCCGAGAGGAACGGCGUCUGCAGGCGGAGCAAGAGUACGGACAGCCUGACCUUCCUCAAGAAGAGCUCCUUCCGGCGGAAGUCGGCCUCGCACCUGGCCGAGCUGCGGCGCGCGCCCGAGAGCCGGGGCCCGCGGAGGACGCUGAGCGGCUCGUCCGCCGACUCCGACAGCUCCGGCGGGGCCCCCGCGGGGCCCAGGCGCUGCAGGAGCCCGCUGCGGGCCCCGGACCUGGCCCGGGUGCUGCGGCUCGUGGGCGGUGGCGCGGCCGGCCGGCCGGGGGACCCCGGGGGCGCCCCGCCCGGGCCGCGGCCGCACAGCCGGCUGCACGACGACUACUCCCGCCGCGCGGUCGCCGGCCCCGAGCGCGGGCGGAGGGGCGCGCAGCCCCCGGACCCCGGCCUGGCGGGUGCUGGGGGCUCGGCCGGGGACGCGGCUGCCGGAGGUGCCGCUCCUCGCGCCCCCGGCUCUUCCUCCGGGCCCCCGGCCCGGGAGGUGUCGGACAGAGGCUCCAAGGAACCGGGCCCUGGCGACCGGUCUCCCCUGGAGCCCGAGCCUCCUCUCGGCCCUGCGAGGCCCACCACGCCCAAGCCCCCCAGCCCUCGGAGCCCCGACGCAGCCCCUGCCAAGUGUCCCAACAGUGUCAGCGCGCUGUCCCUGAGUUCAGUGGACAGCGAGGAAAGGGCAGAGGGGCCCGUCCAGAGGGAGCAAGGUCCCGGGUCCUUCCAGGAUGCGCUGCAAACCGCCUGUGACCUGGGCAGUGAGAACAGCGGCGCCGGCAGCCACCCGCAGCAGAGCCUCGGAGGGGCGAACUGUCCAGAAGAAAAGACGGACGAGGUUGUGACCGAGGGGUCCUGGAGGCGGACCUCCGCACCAGAGGAAGAGAGGCCGGAGGCUCAGAGGGUCCCCAGGAGGAGGUGUGCACCCGGGAGGAGGCCGAGGCCCCGACCACUCUCUGACUACGGCCAGCCGGUCAGCCUAAGUCUGUCCAUCCCUGAAGACUCGAUCGCCGUAGACCCCCAGAAAGAGGACACUGAGGACGGUGACCACCAGCCCAGCGGGGCCCCCAUCGACCCUGCAGACCAGACCCCUGCUGGGGGCUGCCCCCGGGGGGCGCCGAGAAGACGCCCCAUCUCCGUGAUCGGCGGGGUCGGCUUCUAUGCGAGCAGCCAGGCGGAGGAGGGGGAGGCCAUUCUGCCCCAACCGGCUGCCCGGCCGCCCGUGCCCGCGCACCAGGUGCCGCCCUACCGCGCGGUGUCGGCCCGGCUGCGGCCGUGCGCCUUCUCCCAGAGCACCCCCAUCGGGCUGGACCGCGUGGGACGCCGGCGGCUCAUGAGAGCAUCCAACAUUUCUUCUGAUGGCGGUGCGGAGCCGUCUGCCCUAGCGGAUGACAAUGGCAGCGAGGAGGACUACAGCUAUGAAGACCUCUGUCGGGCCAGCCCCCGGUACCUGCAGCCGGGCGGGGAGCAGCUGGCCAUCAACGAGCUGAUCAGCGAUGGCAGCGUGGUCUGCGCCGAGGCCCUGUGGGACCACGUGACCAUGGACGAGCAGGAGCUGGGUUUCAAGGCCGGGGACGUCAUCCAGGUCCUGGAAGCCUCCCACAAGGACUGGUGGUGGGGCCGCAGCGCGGACAGGGAGGCCUGGUUCCCCGCCAGCUUCGUCCGACUGCGGGUCAAUCAGGAGGAGCUGUCGGAGGGCGCCAGCGGCAGCCCGGGCAAGGAGCCGGUGGAGGACGCGGGCCGGGGCCGCCACAAGCACCCUGAGAGCAAGCGGCAGAUGCGGACCAACGUCAUCCAGGAGAUCAUGGACACCGAGCGGGUGUACAUCAAGCACCUCCGGGACAUCUGCGAGGGCUACAUUCGACAGUGCCGCAAGCACACGGCGAUGUUCACGGUCGCACAGCUCGCCACCAUUUUUGGAAACAUUGAAGAUAUUUACAAAUUCCAAAGAAAGUUCCUGAAAGACCUUGAGAAACAGUACAAUAAAGAGGAGCCUCACCUGAGUGAAAUAGGGUCCUGCUUUCUUCAACACCAAGAGGGCUUCGCCAUCUACUCCGAGUACUGCAACAACCACCCGGGCGCCUGCGCCGAGCUGGCGGGCCUGAUGAAGCAGGGCCGCUACCGACACUUCUUCGAGGCCUGCCGCCUGCUGCAGCAGAUGAUCGACAUCGCCAUUGACGGCUUCCUGCUGACGCCCGUGCAGAAGAUCUGCAAGUACCCGCUGCAGCUGGCCGAGCUGCUCAAGUACACCACUCAGGAGCACAGCGAUUACAGCAACAUAAAGGCAGCGUACGAGGCCAUGAAGAACGUCGCCUGUCUGAUCAAUGAGCGAAAACGCAAGCUGGAAAGCAUAGACAAGAUAGCACGGUGGCAGGUGUCCAUCGUGGGCUGGGAGGGCCAGGACAUCCUCGAGCGCAGCUCAGAGCUGAUCCACUCCGGGGAGCUGACCAGGGUCACCCGGCAGGGCAAGAGCCAGCAGCGGACGUUCUUCCUGUUUGACCACCAGCUGGUGGCCUGCAAGAAGGACCUGCUGCGGAGGGACGUGCUCUACUACCGCGGCCGCACGGACAUGGACGCCGUGGAACUCGUGGACCUGGAGGAGGGCCGCGACGGUGCCCGCACCGUCGGCGUCAGAAACGCCUUCAAGCUGGUCAGCAGGACGGGUGACGAGGCGCACCUGUUCUGUGCCAAGAAGCCUGAGGACAAGGCGCGGUGGCUGCAGGCCUGCAGGGACGAGCGCAGGCGGGUGCAGGAGGACCGGGCGAUGGGAAUGGAAAUUUCAGAAAAUCAGAAGAAACUCGCCAUGUUAAAUGCUCAAAAGGCAGGACACGGAAAGUCAAAAGGCUACGGCGGAGGAUGCCCUUCGGCCCCCCCGCUCCAGAGCCUGCGGCCGGUCCACCAGCGCCACGUCACCGUGCCCGCCAGCCUGCCGCAGCAGCAGGUGUUCGCGCUGGCGGAGCCCAAGAGGAAGCCGUCGCUGUUCUGGCACACCUUCAACAAGCUCACCCCCUUCAGGAAGUGACGCGGGGGGCCGGGGAGGGGGGCGCCGUGCCCCUCCUGGGCCCCAUCCAAGGAGUCUACUCCGCACGGGGCAUGGGGAUCUGGUGCUGAAAACCUCCCCUGGGGACGCGGUGAGGAGACCUGGCCUCGCCGGCGGUCGCAGAGGCCCAGCUGCCUUCUCGGGAGGGAGGGGGGCAUGACGCACAGCUCCAGUGUCACCUGGGCCGCUCCCCGCCGCCGUGAGCCUACCGAGGCGGCCGCCGCCGGGGAACCGGGGUGGGCUCUGGAGAUGCUGGGCGGGGAGCCGGGAGCGUGGCCGAGGACGAGCUGCGGUCCAGGCCCCGGGCGGGGCUCCCCGAGGAGGAGGGGCAGGGCCACUUUGCCUUCGGUCUUGAAGGGGAGGGGAGCGCCGGGGUCAGGGGGUGGCGGGCGGUGACCGCAGCCCCGUCGGGGCCCUGGGGUCCCCUGGCGUCUUCCGCAUUCACGCAGUCGCCAGAUGGUGGGCGGGCCUCUCCCGCAGGCUCGUGCGCACGUGGUCCGGGGCCCGCGGUGCACAGAGACCCACGCGCUCCCAAGACGCCGUUGCUUUCGCGGGGCAGGGAGCCUGCUGUUGGCUUUGUACGCUUGUCCCCGCCCGCGUGCCACUCCGCGAGCAGAAACCUGAGAAACUUCACGCACGUGCACUCCCAGUAGGAAAACCCAUUUCCUGUAGUUUGAUGACGAAGUGAACGUGCAGACCUCCCAGCUGAAACGUGUCCUUAAAAGAGCGUCCGCGUGCCUGUUCCUCCCUCUGCCUCCGUCCUCGCCGGUCAAGUGACAGUGACACGUACCUUCUUCCACUGAAAACCAGAGGCUCAAGGGUCCUGCUUCCUCCAUGUUUGAAGCCGACUUUGUCCCACACCCCCGAGCAGUAGUGUCCGCCGUGCCAUGAUUAGCAUGUCGACAGGUUUCUGAAGAUCGGUUCCGUAUGGAAGAGACCUCACGAAAUAGACCCAGACUCAGAGACAGCAGCCUUCUCUAGCGAAGGCCAUGCGGCAGACGCCGGUCAGCGGCAACCUCCUUGCCUUUUCUAGAUGGUAAAUUCUGAUGAAAACGGCUUUUAAACGUGCCGGGAGGAAACAGGCUCUGCCAGAGCGACACCUUUCCAUUGACCUCAUGCACCGGGCGGGGGUCCUGUUACAUGUCUUGUGGCUUUCUACUCGGGAAUCUCUUUUUGGUGUUGAAACCUCGAAAGUUAUCUUUUCUACCCAGUUCCUGCUUGAGAAUAAACACACCUGUACGGUCCUAACAGAGGGGACACCUGAGACUCCAGGUGUGCCCCCCUCCUCCUCACACCCAGAGCUGUUCCCGGGGGGCGGGGGGGACCCAGGCGGUUCUGCCUCUGGGGACCUCGGGGCGCAGGUCCCAGCACGGAAGCCGCUUCUGUGAGGAAGCUUCUCGGGAGGUGCCGUGGGUCCGCGUGCUCGUGUGUGUGUGUGUGUGUGUGUGUGUGUGUGUGUGUUUCCUUUCCGAAUAGGCUUCUCAGUUUUCGUUGCAUUUAUAUAACUGACCUUUUUACUAACAAGAUAUAAUGAUAAAUUUUGAAGACUAUGCUUAAUAUGCUUUUCGUGGGCCGCCUCAGCAAACAUUGUCGGGCCUCUGUGCUAAACAGAGUUGUUUGUAUAUAUGGCAGUUGUGAACAGUUGGGUUGCUUUUUUUUUUUUUUUUUUUUAAUAGAAUUACUUUGAGGAAGUAAAGAGAAUCAGUUGCUCAUGUUAUAUUUCCAGUGAGGACUCACCCCCAGUGCAGAAGCACCCAGAGGGCCCCUGUCUCCCCCCAUCUCCCCAUCUCCCCCCAUCUCCCCCGUCUCCCCCAUCUCCCCCAUCUCCCCCCUUCUACCCCGUCUCCCCCCGUCUCCCCAUCUCCCCAUCUCCCCCCAUCUACCCCAUCUCCCCCCGUCUCCCCCCGUCUCCCCAUCUCCCCCGUCUCCCCAUCUCCCCCAUCUCCCCCAUCUCCCCCAUCUCCCCAUCUCCCCCCAUCUCCCCCAUCUCCCCAUUUCCCCCCAUCUCCCCCCAUCUCCCCAUCUCCCCAUCUCCCCAUCUCCCUCCAUCUCCCUCCAUCUCCCCCGUUGUCCGGAGCACAGGGACAAAGGGCUGGACGUGCUGUCGGCAGCCCUGGUCUGUCUCUCGGCCGAGCCCUGACUCCUGGCUCCCCUCCUCCCCUCAAGCUUCCCAACAGAGGGACAGGAAGCACGGACACCAGGGCACGUGGUGACAGUCCCUUGGUCAGAUGUCCAUCCUAGGUGGCUCCUGCUUGGAUUUCCAGGUGAUUUGAAAACUGCUAAAGUGCGUUUAAAAGGAUAGAACGUCCUUUGUCCUCUUUAAAUUUGUGUGUCUAGCUUGGGUUUAUUAGCAAAUGCCUGCGUUCUCUACAGAAUAGAUGGCUCUGUGUUCUGUUUUUACAUUUGCCGAACUUCCUUCUUGAUUUCUCACAUGUUCCACUUGGAGAGAAAAAGAGAAAAAACGAAAAGCCCCCUGUACAGGUUGUGUAUGAAUUUCACUGGGAAUCUCGCUUUCUCUGUCUGUCUUUUUCUCUUUUUAACACUACACUGCGUGAUAUCGGUGGACCGCCCCCCUGCCCCCCCCCCAAAAAAAGAUGGCAUAACAUUUUGAUGAAUUUCACUUACUCUAUCAUGUUUCAGAGUUUGCCAACUCUGUUGAAAGACCUUUGAAAUGGCCUCAGGUCCAAAGCAGCCUUCUCGGUUUUUGAUGAUGCCUAACAUGUAUAACAACCUUGCAGUAGAUUGUAAGCAAUCGUACAACAGAAUACCUGUGAAGUCCUGGAGAAAUGGCAUUCUUUGUCUUUGGCCUGCAAACUGGAAGAAGAGUGGCAGGGAUUUGCCAGGGCUUUCUUGGGACACCUUCUGUGUCUCUUGCUCUCGGUACAUCUGAUCUCUUCCCACCCCCCUGCCGUAGACCUGAUUUUGUAGCUGAAAACAUUUCACCCCCAUCUCCACGUUCCUUCUGAAUAUCGUCGUGCCUUUUUAUUCAUAAUACAAAGACUGAGCUCCAUGCCUGUUCAGAAAAUCCCCUCAAUCCUACAUUGCUGUUGUCUAGGCACAGAGCAAAAGUGCAUUUAAUUCAAAACCUGUUUCACAAUAGAAAUCUUUUGUAAAAGCCAUGCGCCAGCAUUUUAUCGGUUGGGAAUCUCUACAGGCCCCGACCGCUGAUUCUCCUCAGUGCAGAUCAACUUAGUUACCAAGCCAGAAUAGAAAAAACCCGGCCACCUGAGUUAGGGAAGAAAUCGCGGUGUAAUAUUUUGUUGAGGAGAGGAGAAACAGACAUGUCCCUCACAGUUCAGUGCCAACGAGAGUGGAUAAAUGUGGCUCACAGGCCAGGGAUGCCGGACACACAUCGAGAAGGCCAAACUGCCCCAAAGCAGUUGUCCCCGUAACAAGCUUGGCCCGCAAGUUGUUCUCCCUGUUAAAAUUUCACCUGGCUGACGCUGCUCUUCUCAGGAUGGGUGCAACGAAGGUGGAGUCCAAAGGAUUCUGAAAAUAAUAAGUAGAAACUGUGUGAUCUUGGAAAAAAACCAAACCCAGGAGCAUAAAUAUCGGAUGCAAAUUUAGUAACCACAAACUUAACAUUACUGUCUUUAGUUGUUUAUUAGGUAUCUGACACUUGAAUUUAGAAAAUACUGUAACUGAUUCUGCAAUUUAACAGUUGGUCUCUUUUUGUAAAUAUUAGCAUCCACGGUGUUUGACUUACCUACUUCACAAGGCUUUUGGUGACCUGUUCCUUCAAUUCUAACUCACCAGCAUCAAGGUGAUGUUAUCUGUAUAGGUCAAGUGACAGCUUCCAGACGAAGUGGCGGCUGUUGACAGCUGAAUUGUGUUGUACAAGAUCGCUGUAACUUGAUAUGUAUUUUCUCUGAAGUUUUUGUAAAAAAAAAAAAAAUAUUUACAAUGUUAUUUGAAUGAUUUCUUGUAAAUGCUGUGAAUCUAUAUUUGUUGUUUUGUAUCUGUAUAUUAAAGUUAAUUUGCCAAA